AACGAGAGCAUGUCUUCCUCCUGCCCCUCCUCCUAGCUCCUGCUCCCCUUGUCUCCCUACCCCUCCCCCCUCCCUCCGCCGCCUCCCUGCCCCUGCCCCCACUCGCAUUCCCCAGAUCUCCAUGGACCCGGCCCAACCCAUGGGCGAGGCCGCCGCCGCGGCGUCGCGGGACGUCGCCACGAUGCUGCCGGACUCGCCGCCGCGGCGCGGGGCGGGGCACCGCCGCGCGCAGUCGGAGAUCCUCCUCGGGGGCGUGCUCCCCGACGACCUCACCUUCGAUGCCGACCUCGGCGUCGUCGGGAAGGCCAGGGGUGGCGACGACGAGGACGAGGAGGAGGACGACGAAUACGAGGAGGAUGGGGGCGGCGGGAGCGGUAGCAGCAGCAGCCGGAUGUUUGAGAUGUUCCUCGAGAACGGAGGCAAGCUCGCCGAGCCACUGGAGCCUUCACCGCACCCGCACCCACCGCCACCGCCCGCAAGGCCGCGGCACCAGCACAGCAUGUCGAUGGACGGCUCCACGUCACUGGCGUCCGCCGCCGCGGGGAUGGCGGGGAGGGCGGGCGCUGACGCCAAGAAGGCCAUCUCCGACGCCAAGCUCGCGGAGCUCGCGCUCGUUGACCCCAAGCGCGCCAAGAGGAUCUUGGCAAACCGGCAGUCAGCUGCUAGGUCAAAAGAAAGAAAGAUGCGCUACAUUGCAGAGCUUGAAAGAAAAGUACAGACUCUCCAGACAGAAGCAACUACACUGUCAGCUCAGUUAUCUAUGUUACAGAGAGAUACCACUGGUUUGACAAGUGAGAAUAGUGAUUUGAAGGUGCGGGUGCAGACAAUGGAACAGCAGGUCAGGCUACAGGAUGCACUGAACGACAGGCUAAGAGAUGAGGUUCAGCAGCUGAAGAUUGCAACAGGACAGGUUAAUGCUAACAUUGGAAAAAUGGGGAACUUUGGUCUGUCCUCAUAUGGAGGCAAUCCACAAAGUUACCAGCGCACCCAUAUACAGUCUCUUCUGGCUGCUCAGCAGCUGCAGCAACUUCAGAUCCACUCCCAGCACCAGCAACAGCAACAGCAAACGCAUUUGCAGCAGCAACAUCUCAGUGUAGCACAGCAGCACCAGCUGCUGCAGGAUGUGCUUCCAUUUCCUGGAGAUCUGAAGAUGAAAGGAGUGGCCUCGACAUCGCAUGCACAAAAUGCGGGCGCCUCAGACAACCAUGCUAUCAAGAGUGAACCGUGAGAACUGGCGUAGGUACAUGUCAGUCGUCAAUAAUAAUGUUGUUCUCUAUCUGAAUGAGUGAUUCUUGCAUCGGCUAGCGCAGUGUGUAGGUAAAUUUCGAACCGUUUAAGGCACUUAGAUUUCUGCAGCCUGUAGAUCCCAUUCAGUUGUAAGCUGUAGAACAGAUGAACCGGGCUGAAUAAUGUACCAUGCCUAAUGUUUCAUCUGGAACUGGCCAUUAUUCUGAGCCGUUCGUGGAUGGGUGCAAGAGCAGAUUGACAGUGGUUCUUGCAAUAGUUAAGUUCGAGGAACUGAACCCUGUGUUCUUUGUCCAAGAUCAAGCUGAAUCGUGGCAGUUGUACGGUCCAGCUAAAGCAAAUGGUGCUGACAAAAACAUUACUGGCCACUUGACCUCGAAACAUGAUGCUCUGGACCACC